AUACAAUUAAUUUGGCUAGUGAAAACAUUGGAAAUCUUUUGUCAGUUAAAUAAAGGUUAGAGAGAAUUAACAAAUCAGAUGCUUGAUUUCAUUGCAUUUCACAAAAUGUCCCAACUUUUCUAAAAAAUGGUGUUUGUAUUAGAUCUUCUUGUGAAGCCUAAAACAAUGCAAUUUCUUACUGUUCAAAAGAAUUAACCGUAUGAUUGCCUCAAUGAUAAUAAGGAUCGUCUUUUGCGAGGGUGAGUGGUUGUGAGUUGUGCAAUGCAACACAACCUGUGGAUUACAGGCUCACGGCUAUGUAUUGUGAAAUCAUUGCAGAAAACGAGAUGCCACAGAGACAUAUGAGGCGAGCUGUUAAUUGUGUAAAUAUAAUAUAUAUACUGUAUGUUUGCUUAAACUAAAGAGGUUGUAUUUCCGUCACUAAAUGAUAAUAGAUCUGUUCAAUCAUGAUGAUUGUUGAAAUUAAAUUGGCUAUUUCCUUCUUGCUUUAAGGCACCCUGGCAGGGCUCUUGGCAGACAUGUGAGGCUCAGUGUGUCCAAGAAGGGAAAUGCUGUUGCAUGUUUCAGGAUGUGUUUUCCUUUUUCCUUUUUUUUGCAGAUAUGUGAACGUGAGAAAGAACAAUGUUUUCCACCCUUUUAGACAUUCCCUGGGUUGUCUGGAGUCUGCUUACAUUGUACUGUACAUGCUACAAAUGGAGCCCAGUUAUACAAGGAAUUUUAUUUUAUUUAUUCUCCUCACCACAAACAAUUUUACAAUUAGCCACUUUAGCAUUUUAUGGCAGAAAGGCAGUGAGCCCACAAUUACAUCUGCUGCAAACAUUCCUUUGCUGGCAUUUCUUGGACUGUAACUUAAAAUUACACAUUUCUUUAAAUUCUGUCCUCCUACUCAUUCAGGUUACCCACUUUAGCUCUAUACACUAAAAAAAAGCAUUUAUAGAAGGUUUUAUGCAACGUCUGCUUUACUGGAAUCCGACACCAAAAAAAUGUCUCGAGACACAUCCCUUCAUUCUCCUAAAACAAAUUAAAUAGAAAUUGAAAGGAAAAUUAACUAAAGGCCUCAAAACUAUGGAAGCAUUACUAAUAUUUGCAUAAAUUACAUUAAAUUAAGAAAUGAUGUAUGAUCAGCUGGUUCUUAUGGCACAUAUAUAUUUUGCCAUAAUAUCCGGCUUUACAUUAUUCUGCUUAUUAUGGAUACUCACCAAAAAAUAAAUAGGUAGAUAUUAAAUACGAUCAGUAAAACAAUAUUACUAUAUAUAUAAAUAUAUAUAUAUAUAUAUAUAUAUAUAUAUAUAUAAAAUAUAUUAUAAUAUUAACGUCAUAACAAUGCAGUCAUUUUCACUGUUCGAUAACAGAAACCCCAAAAUUGGCAACAGUUGUGUUUUUAUGAAACAAGCGAGUGAAUUAAUGGUGAAACACAAGAAACAUGAAAGUAGUCACCGGUUUCAGGGAUGAGCAGUUUGAUAGAGUGUAAUAGUCAGGAUCCCAUUCAUUUUCUGCAUAUGGAAAUUUAUUUUAACUAUAAAUUAUAUACCUUAAAGGACAGGACUACUAUGAAUAGUUACUCUCUGAUUGGUCUCAAAACUGUGAAAGCAUUCAAAUUGAUGUAUUCCAAGAACAUUGGUGCAAUGAACAGUAUAAUAAUAAAGCAAAGUUUCACUUUCUUUAAGAGCAAAUGCUGGUGUAAAAAGCUAAAACUUUCAUCUUUGAGAUUGUAAAGAUUGUAUCAAAAAGUAUUUAUACAUAAACUGUUAUAUUAGCUUUUAAAAGAAAAGAAAACAAGAAUGUUUAAAUAAAAAUAUUUACACAACUAGACUUGUGUAGUAUUCUGCCAGAUUCUCAAGGAAAACCAAAGAAAGAAAAUAACUGUGCAUUCAUGUAUAAAUGGAGCCGAUCUCCAGAUAUACUGCAAGUUAACACUCCAUUGUGCAAAAGAUUGUUGAUAUCUGAGCUAUAUAUGGUGGGAGACUUUUUCCAGAUGUUUUUUUUUAUUUUAUUUUUUUCAUUCUAUUCUCUCCAACAAUCAGCAGAUAAUGGAAGAGACAUUUAAUUGGCCAUGAAAGGUAAAUGCCUUUGAUGCAUAUAAUCUGACACAUCUUAGACAGGAUCCCUCUUUUCUUGUGACCAGAGCAAACCACUCCCUAAGCUUGAGGUUUUCCUGGUCUUGGCACUGUCUGAGUCAUAAUAGUACGUUAAAAAGCAUUCCCAUCAGCUAAGACGUUCAAUGUCUCCUUGGACUGACCAUUUUCAGAAGCUUCUGUGGUCUGAAAAGAAGAGAUGCAAGUUUUGCUCUGUCUGGUUUGUGCCUUUGGCAUUUUUGGUCAGUAUCAUGCAGCGCCUUUACCACUUGAAGAUGAUGGAUUGGUACAUCCAACGAGACCUGCUCAGAAUGACCUGUCCCUAGCAACAAAAUACCUGCAGCACUUCUACAGUUUCCAAGCGGAUCCUACAGGCCGCAGGAGGAGAAGUCGUCCCUCUUUCUCUUCCAAACUGAAGGAUAUGCAGAGCUUUUUUGGGCUGAAUAGGACAGGAACCCUAAACCCAGAAACCCUCGUUGUCAUGAGGACUCCUCGAUGUGGCGUCUCAGAUGUGGAGGAUUACAGUCACAGACGUGGAAACAGGUGGAAGAAAAACCUCAUCACUUAUGGUGUCGGGAGGUAUACCAGUGACUUACCAGUGAAUACGGUUGACGAUCUGAUCGCGUCGGCUCUGGAUGCAUGGGCAAAGGCCAGCCCUCUCACUUUCCUGCGGUCAUAUUCUCACCAGGCAGACAUCAUGGUGGAGUUUGUUGGAAAUGAACACGGUGACUCCUUCCCCUUUGAUGGUCCAGACGGCAUACUGGCCCAUGCUUUUGGCCCAGGAGAAGGCAUCGGUGGGGACGUUCAUUUUGAUGAAGCUGAAGCAUGGACGGCUGGGUUCAAAGGAUUUAACCUAUAUGUAGUAGCUGCACAUGAGUUUGGUCAUGCACUUGGUUUGAAACACUCGCAAAACCCAGAAUCAGUGAUGUAUCCGAUGUAUAAACAUAGGAAAACACACAAUCUGCUCUCUAGUGAAGAUAUCAUGAACAUCAAUACACUCUAUGGGCCAAGGGACAAAAGGCCCUUUCCAUCUUCAAGAUUUAGCUGGAGCUAUCCCAGCAGCCCCUGGUACAGUGGUUCAUAUUUCCCUGUGUCAUUCAAGGACACAUGUAAUCCCGAUCUGACUUUUGAUGCUGUGACUACUGUAGGAGAGGCUGUUUUCUUCUUCAGGGACAAGUACUUGUGGAUCAAGCACAAUAAUCAAAAUGACAUAAAGGAAGGCCCCAUCAGCAAUUUCAUGCCAAAAAUUGAUUGUCAGAUCGACGCCGCUUAUUGGGUCCCUCAGCGAUCAACAGCAUAUCUGUUCAAUGGGACGAUUUUCUGGACCGUGAAAGGAUCCCAAGUAAAAGGCAGACCGAAAAACAUCAGCAGUCUGGGGUUCCCGUCAUGGGUCCAGCAGAUAGAUGCUGCAGUCCACAUUCACAAAACUGUACACACCUUAUUCUUCACCCAACAUCAGUACUGGAGGUAUAAUGAACACAACAAGACUAUGAAUGACUCAAGCCCACGUAACAUUUCUGAAGAUUUCCCAGAAAUAAAUGGACCCAUAAGUGCAGCAACUUAUAAAGAUGGUUAUCUUCAUUUCUUUGUUGGCUCAGAUGUGUACAAAUAUGACGUCAAACUAAAGGAAAUUAUUGGAGCAGAUAAAACAACUUCCUGGCUUGGAUGUUAAUGGACAUUCAUUAGACUAAUAGUUCGUAAAUCUAAUUGCAAUCAUUAUUUUGGUGAUUCACUAAAGUGGCUCAGCUUCACCUGUAAAGAUGGUAUUAAUUAUGUUGUACUGAAUUGUAUAGCAUUGUACUUCAUGUGAUAAAUGCAUCUACUGUUUAAUGUCUUUGGAACAUUUUAAAUAUUCAAAUGUAUCAAAAAAAGUCAGAAAGUGAUGUGAAUUAAAAUGUAUUUUUCAUCUGGCAAAAAGACAAUCAUAAAAUAUAUGACAGUAUCAUUACUUCUAAAGAAAAUAACUCGUUUGCAUUUAGCUUUGCACUUGCAUGACUGAGGUAAACCAAAGGAUUUAGCCUGAAUAUGCACUAAUCAGCAUGUAUUUAUGAUUGUAAUAAAGAAAAGCACUUGCUUUUCAUGCAAAAUGAACAUACAAAAAUAAAAAAUUAACAGAAUAUAAAAUCA